GUAACUGAAUUUUUCUUUCCCUGGUGCCGUUCCCUUCUCUAGUGCCUUGCCCCCCCGCUGCCUACAAAACAUUGAGCGUUGACCAUUUCGUGCUUUCUUUUGUACCAGCACAUCGCCACCGUAUCAAAAAAUCUUGCUCAGGACCCCGCUUGUUUACAUCACACCCCUCGAUACUUCAUAACCAUGGCUCAGCAAACAGAAACGCCUACCUUCAAGCUUGUUCUUGUCGGUGAUGGUGGUACCGGAAAGACCACCUUCGUCAAGCGCCACUUGACUGGUGAGUUCGAGAAGAAGUACCUCGCUACUCUCGGUGUCGAGGUUCACCCUCUCGGCUUCUCUACCAACUACGGUCAGAUCCAGUUCGAUGUCUGGGAUACCGCCGGUCAGGAGAAGUUUGGUGGUCUCCGUGACGGUUACUACAUCAACGGCCAGUGCGGUAUCAUCAUGUUCGAUGUUACUUCUCGUAUCACCUACAAGAACGUUCCCAACUGGCACCGUGAUCUCGUUCGUGUCUGCGAGAACAUCCCCAUCGUUCUCUGCGGUAACAAGGUCGAUGUUAAGGAGCGCAAGGUCAAGGCCAAGACCAUCACCUUCCACCGCAAGAAGAACCUCCAGUACUACGAUAUCUCUGCCAAGUCCAACUACAACUUCGAGAAGCCCUUCCUCUGGCUCGCCCGCAAGCUCGUUGGCAACCCCCAGCUCGAGUUCGUUGCUGCCCCUGCCCUUGCUCCCCCUACCGUCACUGUCGAUGCUGCUCUCAUGAAGGAGUACGAGGAGGAGAUGAACAAUGCUGUUAACGCUGCUCUUCCCGAUGAGGGCUCUGAUGACGACUUGUAAACGACCCUCGAUAUAUGGACGGAGCGCUUGAAUUUGGCUUGGCAGCCUCAUAUUUAUUUUGAUGAGAGGGCCAGUACUUGGGAUACAUCUUUGUCUUUUUGUGGAGGAAUUCCGAGUUUGAAGCUUAUCCGUUUGGGGUCAUUAUGAGAUCAUAUAAUGAUGUGGAACGAAAAAGAAGCGUCCGGGCAUUUUACUGGAACAAGAUUUGGGAGCGAAACGCACAUGGCCCGUCAUACCCAAGCUUAGGGAUCAAAACAUAAAGAACGCACUUUGCUGCACGCUGCAGCGAUACACUUAGUUAGACUUUUCUCCCUUUUUUUCUUAUUAAAAGUAUCACCUGAUAAAACACGGGGAUGCCUUUUUUCAAUUCAUUUCGUCCGUGCCG